CGUCGGUGUCUCUUUCCGAUAACCAUGCCGACUGUCAGCGUGAAGCGGGAUUUGCUUUUCCAGGCGCUGGGAAGGAGUUACACGGAUGAAGAAUUUGAUGAACUCUGCUUUGAGUUUGGCUUGGAACUUGAUGAAAUUACUUCUGAAAAGGAAAUAAUAAACAAAGAGCAAGGUGAUGGAAAGGCUGAUGGUGCAUCUGAGAUCAUUCUCUAUAAAAUUGAUGUUCCUGCUAACCGAUAUGACCUCCUUUGUUUGGAAGGUCUAGUCAGAGGUCUGCAAGUCUUUAAAGAGAGAAUAAAAGCCCCGCGAUACAAAAGGAUCAUGCCACCUAUUAGUGAAGUCCAAAGACUUUCCAUUAUGGAAGAGACUACCCAAGUCCGUCCUUAUGCUGUGGCUGCAGUUCUUCGAAACGUAACUUUGAACAAGGACCGCUAUGAAAGCUUUAUUGACCUCCAAGAAAAAUUACAUCAGAACAUAUGCAGGAAAAGAUCAUUAGUAGCGAUUGGAACCCAUGAUUUAGACACUGUCUCGGGCCCGUUUAUAUAUACAGCCAAACCACCAUCUGAAAUUAAAUUCAAACCUUUGAAUCAGGACAAGGAGUAUAGUGCCUCUGAAAUCAUGGAUCUAUACAGGAUGGAUAGCCACCUUAAGCAUUAUCUGCACAUUACUGAAAAUGAACCACUGUAUCCAGUUAUCUAUGAUAGCAACGGCAUUGUACUUUCCAUGCCUCCAAUAAUUAAUGGAGACCAUACAAAAAUAAAUCUCAACACCAGAAAUGUGUUUAUUGAGUGCACAGCUACAGACCUUACCAAAGCAAAAACUGUCCUUGAUAUCUUGGUCACAAUGUUCAGCGAAUACUGCCAGAAGCCAUUCACUGUUGAAGCCACAGAAGUUACUUAUCCUAACGGAAAAAGCUACAUCUUCCCAGAGCUGGCUUAUCGUCGAGAAAAAAUAAAACCUGACAUAAUGAACAAGAAAAUUGGAAUUAAUGAGACUCCAGCAAGUCUUGCAAAGCUGCUCACCAGGAUGUGUUUGAAGUCUCACGUCAUAGGGAAUGGGAACAAUAUAGAAGUUGAAAUCCCUCCUACGAGAUCUGACAUUAUCCAUGCAUGUGAUAUCAUAGAAGACGCGGCGAUCGCGUAUGGCUAUAAUAACAUUCAGAUGACUAUUCCGAAAACAUACACCAUAGCUAAUCAAUUUCCUCUCAAUAAGCUCACAGAACUUCUGAGACAAGACUUAGCAGCAGCAGGCUUUACCGAAGCACUCACGUUUGCUCUGUGUUCCCAAGAAGACAUUGCUAGCAAGCUAGGGACUGACAUCUCUGCAACAAAAGCAGUGCAUAUAGCAAAUCCCAAAACAGCAGAAUUUCAGGUGGCACGUACUACCCUCUUGCCUGGUCUCCUGAAAACUAUUGCUGCUAAUAGGAAGAUGCCGCUACCUCUGAAACUGUUUGAGAUCUCGGACGUUGUAGUAAAAGAUUCUGCCAAAGAUGUAGGUGCAAGAAACCACAGACAUCUCUGCGCUGUUUACCUUAACAAAACCCCUGGCUUUGAGGUGAUUCAUGGGCUGCUGGAUAGAGUCAUGCAGUUGCUGGAUGUCCCACCAAGUAAAGACAAUGGCUAUUACAUUAAAGCAACUGAAGAUUCUGCUUUUUUCCCUGGGCGCUGUGCUGAGAUUUUUGCUAAAGGACACAGCAUUGGGAACCUUGGAGUCCUCCACCCUGACGUCAUCACCAAGUUUGAGCUUUCCAUGCCCUGUUCUGCUCUAGAAAUCACAAUUGAGCCUUUCUUGUGAACUCCUGACAUAGCAUCCUGUAUCCAGCCUGGUUUCUUGAUAACUUUAGGAACUCCUUCCUACUUUUUAGUGAAGUAAACCAUGCUCCUUUUGGGCCCUGAUAAAAAUAUUCCUUUACUGCAGUAAGGGCUGUCUUCAGUAACAUAGAAAUAUAGCUUCUCUAAUACAGCUCCUUGAGUGAUCAGUCUAUUAAUAAAAAUGUUUCAGGCUGAACUUGAGCCUGUAAGUGAUUACAGCUGUGUGUAACCAAUCUCAUUUCCUUAUUUUCAUGCAAUAAGUUAAUUGACUAGCGCAAAUGUUGAAGAAAUGCGAGCAGAACAAGGACUGUAUGCGACUAUAAUGUGGUUAUCCAAUGGACUGCAAAAUGCUAAAGAAAUAUAUUUAUACAAAAUGGAACUACUCUAGAGUUCUUUAAAUGUGUGUAGAUAGAUGUCUGGAAAAAAAACCCCAAGGAAUAUAAAUAAAAAUUACGUUUCUUUAUCUGCUUGGACCCCACUCAUGGAUGCUACAUUGCUCAAGGAUGCUAUAAUGUUACAGGAUGGCAGUAGCAAACUGUUUAGUACCACUUUUUCUUCUCGGCGGUCUCUGUGUUAUCUGUUUCACACCUAUAUAAAAGACUCAUUGAGCACAGGAGGAGUAUUGCUGUACCAUCUAGAACUAUUCUUGAGUUAUUUCUGGUGCUGCCUCAACCCACCCUGUGGAUGAAAGGAGGAGGAUGCGUCCCUCAAGUAUGCAUCUCCCAGCUCAGUUCUUUACAGACUGCCAGAGCAGUGUGAGAGCCGGCAGUGUUUCCUGACAUUUUUAUCCAGGGAACUCCUAAAUUAAUUUUUCAAAUCACAAGGAACCCCCUGCGUAUGAAAACGUUUACAGGGCAGACAAAGUUGAUGAUCGGAAGCACAAUUCAAUUACUGCUCAAUUAUUGUCAAGAAAAUGUAUUUGUAAAGAGCUGAUAAUGUCAUCUUACAUGGUAAGAAAAAAAUGAAGCAUUUUUCCUGUC